AGUGAUAGCUCUAAUCACAUGAUAUUUCAAAAUAGUAGUGAUAGCUCUAAUCACAUGAUAUUUCAAAAUAGUAGUGAUAGCUCUAAUCACAUGAUAUUUCAAAAUAGUAGUGAUAGCUCUAAUCACAUGAUAUUUCAAAAUAGUAGUGAUAGCUCUUAUCACAUGAUAUUUCAAAAUAGUAGUGAUAGCUCUAAUCACAUGACAUUUCAAAAUAGUAGUGAUAGCUUUUAUCACAUGAUAUUUCAAAAUAGUAGUGAUAGCUUUAAUCACAUGAUAUUUCAAAAUAGUAGUGAUAGCUUUUAUCACAUGAUAUUUCAAAAUAGUAGUGAUAGCUCUAUCACAUGA